AUGUCUCGCUCGCUGGUGGGUGUGGGGUCGCAAGGCUUCUGCCGGUGCUCCGGGCAUCUGCGUAAUCUUCCUCCUCAGGCCGGUGAUGGCUUAUCGCUGGGUGAUAAUCUUCGGCGAUUCUUUGGAGAGUCCUGUGUGUGCUUUGGAUCGGGCGUUGCCGGUGUCAGCCUUUGUUACCAGACAAAAACUGGAAUUGCUUUGCUAUAUGAUGAAAUAUCUGAAAAUGCCUAUGAAAUUCGAUUGAAGCUUUCAAAAGAGGUACUAACAAUUCAAAAACAAGAUGUCAUCUGUGUUAAUGGAAGUGAUCACAAUGCAAAUCACAGAACCGUUAAACUUCGUAGACAAGCAGUUGGUGGCUUGGGCUUAAGUAUAAAGGGUGGUGCUGAGCACAAAGUGCCUGUUGUUAUAUCAAAAAUAUUUAAAGACCAAGCAGCAGACCAAUCAGGAAUGUUAUUUAUUGGAGAUGCCGUAAUACAGGUUAAUGGCAUAAGUGUAGAAGGCGCUACCCAUGAAGAAGUGGUGCAUCUACUGCGAAAUGCUGGCGAUGAAGUUGCCAUCACCGUUCAGUAUCUCAGGGAAGCACCAUCUUUUCUAAAGCUCCCAUUGGGUUCCCCUGGGCCAUCAAGUGAUCACAGUAGUGGUGCUUCUUCCCCUCUCUUUGACAGUGGUUUACAUUUAAAUGGAAACUCAACGAAUACAGCACCAUCGUCACCUUCUUCACCCACAGCUAGUGAACCAAAAUAUGAGAAGCGUUGGAUGGAUAACUUAUCAGUUCCUCUAUCAAUGGCUCGAAUUUCGAGGUACAAACCUGGAACAAAUAAAUUAAGAUCUAAUGCAUUUGAAGUACUGGCACUCGAUGGAGUUAGCACUGGGAUACUUCAGUAUUGUUCAGCCCAGGAGAGUGCUGACUGGCUGCGAGCAUUAUCAACUAACAUCAGUGAUUUGACACUACAAAAUAUGAAGAUGGCAAACAAAUGCUGUUCUGCUUCAGACCAGGUGAUACAUAUGGGGUGGGUGAAUGAGAGGCUCCAGGGAGAAGACUCCCCACAGUUGUAUACAUUCAAGUUCCUGGCACUGAAGGGUUCAUCGUUCUAUAUUUUCAGCACACCACCGGUAAGCACAUUAGACUGGAUACGAGCUGAAAAAACCUAUAACCUCUGUGAGGUUCUAUUUAAGAUUCACAAGCUCUGGCUCAAUAAUGACUGUUGGCUACAAGCAAAUUUAUAUUUGGGUAUUCACCAAGACUAUGAGCUUGAAGAUCAGAGGCCGUAUUGUUUCAGUGUUGUGGUUGGACAUGGCAAAAGUCAUUACUUCAAUGUGGAAAUGGGAAGGGAGCUGGCAGUAUGGGAGAAAUCAUUUCAAAGAGCAAUUUUUUUGGAAGUUCAGAGAACAGGGUCUAAAACUUACAUGUGUACCUGGCAAGGAGAAAGUCUGUGUUUCACCUUAGAUUUUGCUGUGGGCUUCACGUGUUUUGACAAUAAAACAAAGAAGAUUCUCUGGAGAUUUAAAUUUUCUCAGCUCAAGGGGUCAUCUGAUGAUGGAAAAACUCGAGUUAAACUGCUUUUUCAGAAUAUUGAAACAAAACAAAUUGAGACAAAGGAACUAGAAUUUCAGGAUUUGACAGCAGUUUUAAACUGCAUUCAUUCAUUUAUAGCUGCUAAAGUUGCAUCGGUGGAUCCAUCAUUUAUAGACAGCCAAUUCAUUGCAAGGAAAUAUACUUACAGUAAUUAAGAGAACCAUGUAUUGUGAUUAUAACAGAUAAAUUAUUUUCUUAAAGAAAAAGUUAUUUCAUGUACACUAUUACAAUUCCAUGUAAU